AGCAUAACGGUGGAGUAAAUUGAGGAGGCGGAGGAUCUGGCGGCCAGGCAAAGGUCUUUUCUUCCCCUGUCCGGAUACAGAGCCACCGAUCUCUCUAGCCAUAACGUUAAGCUUCGCUGCUUCACCUUGGAUUCUCAAUGUACGAUUUCUUCCAAUUAUCUUGAUUACUUAGGGUUUCAAAAUUCUACUUUUUUGGUUUUUGGUUUAUGUUUUCGUUUUCGUUAUGAAGCGGUUUUGAAGUUUGAAAACCAUACGAAUCGCGAUUAUGCGUUUCGAUUACAAGUGUUUUUUUUUGUCUUGUUUGUGGUUUUGAUUUUGUUUUGUAACGCUUGGGAUAAGCUGAUAAAGCGUGAUAUUGUUGCGAUCGGUUGUGGUUUGAUGCUUGUGUUUCCGUUUUUGUUUUUCCUUUGUUUUGUUUUCCUUCCAAAACCCAAGAGAGAUCACAGGCAGACACUCAACUAAUGAUGUUCUGUCCGAUUCUCUUUUGGGGACAUUGUCCCGUUGAGUUUGGACCCAUGGCUUAGUCUUUAGACCAGAGACUGAAAACCAAUCCUUUACCCACGGCUUAACAUAAGUAUUCUGACAAAAUACUUUGGAUUGGCUUCAGUUUACUUGCUCAAAGUUCUAUAUACCCACGGCUUAGAAAAAUCUCACCAGUCUUUAGACAGAGACUUGAGUGAGAUUCAGAAAAACCAAUCCUUUUUACCCACGGCUUAAAAAAGUUUUUAGACAAAAAGAUUGGAUUGGUUUUUCUUUGAUGGAAGGAAAAAAGUACCCACGGCUUAGAAGAUUAGUCUCUAAGACUGAUUCUGGGAUUUAAAAAAAUUGAUCCUUUAGACAUGGAUCAUCUUGGCUUUGUGCUAAGGAAAAGGUACCCACGGCUUUGUCCCACGGCUUGCAAACAUUGGUCUUCAGACAUAGACUUGAUGUGAUUCAAAACUGAUCUUUUAGACAUGGAUCUUCUUGGCUUUGUGCUAAGGAAAAGGUACCCACGGCUUUGUCCCACGGCUUGCAAACAUUGGUCUUUAGACAGAGACUUGAUGUGAUUCAAAACAGAUCCUUUAGACAUGGAUCUUCUUGGCUUUGUGCUAAGGAAAAGGUACCCACGGCUUUGUCCCACGGCUUGCAAACAUUGGUCUUCAGACAUAGACUUGAUGUGAUUCAAAACUGAUCUUAGACAUGGAUCUUCUUGGCUAUGUGCUAAGGAAAAGGUACCCACGGCUUAAAAAUAUUGGUCUUUAAACAGAGACUUGAUGAGAUUUAAAACUGAUCUUAGACAUAAAUUGUCUUGGCUUUGUGCUAAGGAAUAGGUACCAAACGGCUUAAAAACAUUGGUCUUUAGACAGAGACUUGAUGAGAUUUAAAACUGGUCAUUUAGACAUAGAUUGUCUUGGCUUUGUGCUAAGGACCUAUGGCUUUGUCCCGUGGCUUAAAAAAAUUGGUCUUUAGACAGAGACUUGGUGAGAUUUAAAACUGAUCCUUUAGACAUAUAUUGCUUGGCUUUGUGCUAAGGUAAAGGUACCCACGGAUUUGUUCCACGGCUUAAAAGCAUUGGUCUUUAAACAGAGACUUGAUGUGAUUCAAAACUGAUCUUUUAGACAUGUCUUGGCUUUGUGCUAAGGAAAAGGGCAUGUGCUCUUACGUACUCUGGAGAAGAUUUUAAGUGUAGCAGACUUCUAUAACAAUCACAGGUAUGUGUUCUUCCACACUUUUUUUUAAUAAUCAGUUACAUAAAAAAAUUCUUUACAUGUUUAAGUUAUAGGAUAUACUAUACAUGAAUUAAGAACUAACUUUGAUAUGUAUUUGCUAUAAUUCUAGAAUUAUAUAUUGAUUGAUUAUAUUACGUAUGGAGAUCACUAAGUUAAAGAAGAAACAUAUAUGUAUUGGUGUGAUAAUAAAAGGCUUGAGCCAUUUCUAUGUAAAAAUAUAUUUAGCCAAAUUAGCAAAAAGGUGGAAUAUGUAUUUUCGUCAGUAUUGUUGAUAUGCUAAGGAAUUUAACCAACGGGCACAAUCUAGUCACGUAAUAUAUAAUAUCCCAUAGCACACAUUAUGUGUUUACAAUGUCAUCUAAAACCUAUUCUUGAUUAGAAAUGAUUUAUUCUCUGGUUUGGUGAUUGUAUGUUUCAUAUAUGUCUCCUAAUGUCAUCUAAAACCUUUUCUUGAUUAGAAAUGAUGGAUUCUCUGUUUUGGUGUUUGUAUGUUUCAUAUGUCUCUCGAUGCAAUCUAAACCUCUCUUGAUUUGAAAUUAUUGUUUCUCUGUUUAGUGAUUGUAUGUUUCAUAUGUCUCUCAAUGUAACCUUAAACCUUUUCUUGAGUAGAAAUGAUUGCUUCUGUCUUGGUGAUUUUAUGUUCCAUAUAUGCUCUUAAUGUCAUCUCAAAAACCUUUUUUGAUUUAUAAAUGAUUGAUUCUUUGUUUUGGUGAUUGUAUGUUUCAUAUAAGUCUCUCAAUGUCAUCUAAAUCUUGCUUGUUUAGAUAUUAUUAAAUUCUCUGCUUUGAUGAUUGUAUGUUUCAUAUGUCUAUUAUUGUAUCAAAUCAACAUAUCCAAGAGUCUCCCUUAUAUAUGGGGAUACAGGUUUGUUAAACUUAAUAAGAGAUCCUUCUUGCAGAGCUCUACCUAAACCAUUUUCAGUACUCUACCUAAACCAUUAUCUUGUAUGUUCCGCUCUUAUAGAAUGUUUACUGUUGUGUGUUGUGGUGAUCAUUUUAAACAAACAAAAUAAAAUGCUUGUAAUACUAUGGUUAUAUUUCAUUGUUGUUCGCAUGUAUAUAAUCUUCCAUCAUGCAUCUUGUUUGCAUCCUUGUUCAAUCGUUGCUAUGUUAGAUUCUAUAUAUGUGUGAGUACUGUAUAAUAAUACCUUGGUUGACUUAUAAUCUAUAUGUUUAGGUAUUAGCGUAUGUCUCUUAGUGUUACAAAGUUGAUGAAACUUAGAUACAUUGAUUCCGUCAGUACCAUUUUAUUUUUCUGAUGCAAAUAUCUUAAUUUAUCUUUGCUUUAAUUUAUUGUUUGAUAAACCCCUGCAUGUGAUUGAUACCAAAUUCAAGAAGCUGGUAGUAUUUAUAACUUCUGGUGUAAUGGUUCUCUGAUCUCUGCUAUUUAAAAUUGAUUCUCUGUUUCGAUUCUAGGCGGUUUGAGAAUUGCUUUUAGCAAAAAUAUUGGUAUCGAGUUCUAUGAGUUUGUCAGGAAACAGAAGCUGCGUAAGCCUCUGUUUUGGUGCAAUUCCUCAACAUAUUUUUUUCUUACAUUCGUCUCUCACAACUCGCUUUUUACAAUUUACAUUCACUCAAAGUGCUCUUAAAACAAGUUCAAAUUCUAGAAAAAACUUUUAAACUAAGUGUUAUUUUGAUUGGUCUUGAAUCUUGGCUGAUCAUGGCCAUUCAGUAUUUUCUAUUCUCACAAGGAAAGUCUUGAAAUAUCAUUUUCUCGAGGGACUUAACAUUUGCUUUUUCCAUCAUCAACUGUUUCUCUGUACAAAUUUGCAACUCUUCAAUAGUAUAAGGUUGUGGUCUUGUGUAGCCAAAAUUGCUUUUGCUUUCUUUUGUUUCUAGUAUCUCUAAAAAAACAUAUUUCAACACUUUCCUUUUCUUUAAUCUAAAAUCUCAACAAGAUACACAUUUUGUAAAUACAAUUCACAAGUAGAAAACUUUACACUUGUAACUAUGGGGACUGUUUAUAAAUUGUUAAGAAACUGAAGGUGUAGAAAACGAAUUAACGAAAAGUCAUCACUUUUCUUUGUCUCGUCGUCGUCUCUCGAGACUCUCCGUCUCUGAGAGUGUAAAAGAAGCACCUUUUUUCUCCUACUUCGUAAUUCGCAGAGAAGAGAAGACACUAACCUGAGAGAGAGGGAGACAAACAAAAAGCGAUGUCGCAACUCUUAUUUUCUCCUCCAGCGGCGGUCAGCUCCAAUCUUCGCUUUCUCUCUUCGUCUUCAGUACUCGUCGCCGGCGGUUUUGGAGUGAAACGGCAUGGGUUCGUCUUGAAACCGACGAAGAAGACGGUGAAGCUCUCGGUUAAGUCCCGCCAGACGGAUUACUUCGAGAAGCAGAGGUUCGGCGACUCUUCUUCUUCGCCUUCAUACUCCUCGCAAAAUGCUGAAGGAUCGCCUGCUAGAUUUUAUGUGGGUCAUUCGAUAUACAAAGGGAAAGCUGCGUUAACAGUAGAGCCGAGAGCACCAGAGUUUGUGGCUUUAGACUCUGGAGCUUUCAAGCUGUCAAAAGAUGGUUUUCUACUGCUCCAGUUUGCUCCUUCAGCUGGUGUACGACAAUACGAUUGGAGCAAGAAACAGGUGUUCUCAUUGUCUGUUACAGAAAUCGGAACUCUGGUUAGCUUAGGCCCGAAAGAAUCAUGUGAAUUCUUCCAUGAUCCAUUCAAGGGUAAAAGUGAUGAAGGAAAAGUGAGGAAAGUGUUGAAAGUUGAGCCUCUCCCAGAUGGCUCUGGUCACUUCUUCAACCUAAGUGUACAAAACAAGCUUUUGAAUGUGGAUGAUAACAUUUAUAUACCAAUCACUAGAGCAGAGUUUGCUGUUCUUAUCUCUGCUUUCAAUUUUGUCUUGCCUUACCUUAUAGGCUGGCAUGCAUUUGCAAACUCCAUCAAACCAGAAGACUCAAACCGGAUGAACAAUGCGUCGCCUAACUAUGGAGGAGACUAUGAAUGGAAUAGAUAAUGAAUCUUAGGGAUACAUCAGAGAUUAUCCUUUUUCUUUUGUUUGCUGAUAGGGUUGAUCUCUGUUUGUAGAAUUGUAGGUAGCAGAAGAGACUAAACGCAGUAUAUUUUUCCCAGUCCUUUUGAGUUUUGACCAAAAACAUGGAAGCGCAAAGCCAGAUCUUUUAUGUUACAUGGGUUGUAUCUCAAAACAAUAGUCAACUGUCCUUAUUCUAGCUGUUUUUGAUAUGAGAGAACGUCAAAAUAAUUUGCAUUG